CCUGAAAUUCAAUGCUGUUCGAGGAGCGCGGGAGUGAAACGCCUGGUCGGCGGGAAAUUGCUUGGCGCGUUGGAGGCCAAUUGUAAAGCACCGCACUUGGCUAGCAGGCAACGAGACCAGACCACGUGAAAAAAGUGACCACGGUUCGGACUAGGGUUAGUGCAAAGGCGAAAGCUGUGUAGGCGAGAGGGGACCGGAGGAGGAGGAGGAGGAGGAGGAGGGGAAGAAAGUGGAGAAUGGGCAUGCCGUCGCCAACUCCGCAGAUUGGCAACGAAGGUCGGUCACACAGCAUGGCGUCGAACAGGCCUACCGGUCGCCCUAGAGGACCAAAUAUUCUGGUGACCGGUACGCCAGGAUGUGGGAAGACUUCUACGUCCAGCAUGCUGGCGAAUGCGACCGGAUUGCGGCAUAUCAACGUGGGAGAGUUUGUGCGUACCAACGAGCUCCACGAUGGCUGGGAUGACGAAUACUCCUGCUACAUAGUCAACGAAGACAAGCUGUGCGAUGAGCUUGAGGACACAAUGUGUGAAGGAGGCAACAUCGUUGAUUAUCACAUCUGCGAGUUCUUUCCAGAAAGAUGGUUUGAUGGAGUGGUGGUUCUGCAGACAGACAACUCCGUACUCUAUGAGAGACUGACAGCCAGGGGAUAUUCGGGGAGGAAACUGAGUGAAAACAUGGAGUGUGAAAUCAUGCAAGUUGUACUGGAAUCAGCCCGGGAGAGUUAUAAGCCAGAGAUUGUCAUGGCAAUGCAGAGUAAUACUGUGGAAGAUAUGGACCGAAAUGUCGAAACCCUCAAGGGUUGGAUCGAUGUGUAUGCGCGGACUCGUUCCGUACAAUAGUACGAGUUCACGGUAAUUGCGUUUUUUUUUUUUUUUUUAAUACGUUUUGUUUACCCUGGUCUUUUUUACUGCAAAGUUUUCUGUACCUCCGUUGUUCACUGCAGUAGCUUUUUUUUUUUUUUUUUUUUUAUAUGUAGCUUUCAUAACCCUUUGGGCCCGAAUGGGCAAGAAAAAUAACAAACGUCUUCCCAGACG